AUGGAUAAUGAAAUAUAUGAAGCAAUAUUCAAAGAUAAGGUAGAACUUAGAAAAGAAAAAGGCAAGAAAUUCAUUAACGAAUAUGAAUUGAAGGAAGAUCUGGGAGAAGGAUCAUUUGGAAAAGUGAAGAGAGUAACUAGAUACUAUAAGGAGACAGAAGAAUCUGCGGAACAAAACAAAAGCGAUUAUGCAAUGAAAAUAUUUCACAAGACAGUCUUAUCUCAUCAAAGAACUUGUUUUUAUGAGAGUAAUUCAAAUGAUCCAAAAAUGACCAAUUUAUUGGAGUUUGCUGAUAAUGAGAUCAAUAUUCAUAAAUAUCUCAAUCAUCCAAAUAUUUGCAAAUUGUAUGAGGUAAUAGAUGACGAAGACGAUCCAUAACAGAAAAUCUAUCUAAUUAUGUAAUUGGGUGACUUGGGAUGUAUUAUGAACUUCUGUGAGAUCACAUUCAAAUAUAUUCGAAAUUAGGCUAUUCUUGAUUACCUGAAGAUGAACUACAUGCAAGCAGCCAAAUUAUUAUUCAAAUAGCUAGCUUAAGCAAUAUAGUAUCUCCAUGAACACAAUAUAGUUAAUAGAGAUAUCAAAAUAGAUAACAUUAUAUGCACUACUUUAUAUCCUUUAAAUGAGUGCUGUAAACUAAUCGAUUUCUCAACCUCAAGAAUAGCUGAGAAGGAUAGCAUAUUCUAUGAUUGUGCUGGCACUCCAGGCUUUAGAGCACCUGAAGUGUAAUUCUGUUUAAAUGAUGGUUAUUCUCCAUUUAAACUUGAUGUUUGGUCAUUUGGUAUCUGUUUGUAUGUCUAUAUUCAUGAAAAACUACCAUUUUGGGGUGAGGGAGACUUAGAAACAGAUUUAUUAGCUAGAGAUCAACCAUUAUAAUUCGAAAUUUAGGAUGAUUUACUAAUCAAUCUAAUCAAUAGUUGUUGUGCAAAAAAACCAUAGGAUAGACCAACAAUAUAAGAAAUUUUAGAUCAUGAAUGGUUUAAAUGA